UUCCCUAUUAUUAUUUCUCCAGCCUGGACCAACACCCACACGCGCAGUCGCGCACACGGGUGAGCCGAACCGAACCGAAAGAAGCCCAGACUACAGAGCUCCGCCUUGCUCCUGUGCUCUCUUCUUCUCAGCUCGCACCUCGCAGAAGGGAGAGAGCGAGGAGGAGGGAGAAGGCUUUUGUUUGUUUGGUUGAGACGCCACAAACUCCACCAAGAGCCAAUCACGAACGCCUUGAUUUCUUUUAAGCGGCUCUGAAGGUGGAGGCCGAAUCAUCUGUGGCCACUUUGGCAUCUGCCGGAAUCGAUACCAUCACCGCCGGUGCUGCAUAAAUACCGCCCUGCUCUGCUGCCCCCAUCUCCCCCCUUCCACCUCCCCUUACUCUUCCUCCUCCUCCCAAGAACUCGCUUUUGAGAAGUAAGGUGAAAUCUUGGUCGGUUGGCCGGCUCACGGAGAUGAUGAAGGAGUCGUACAUGGAGGUGCUACCGCCGGCGCCGGCUCACUACUUCGCCGGCCAGGCGGCGGGCGGGUGGUUCUUGCAGGACCGGCGGAGCGGCGGCGGGAGCCCGUGGACGCUGGAGGAGAACAAGGUGUUCGAGCAGGCUCUGGCGGCGGUCGACCGGAACGACCCGGAGAGGUGGGAGCGGGUGGCGGAGCUGCUGCCCGGCAAGACGGUGGCUGACAUCAUGACGCACUACGACGACCUCGAGAACGACGUCUGCUUCAUCGAGGCCGGCCUCGUGCCCUUCCCCCACUACGGCGCCGGCGGCUCCCCGUCCUCCGGGUUCACGCUCGACUGGGACGGCGGCGAUGAUGCUGCCGGCCUUGGGUUCAAGCGCUCCUGCUACAUGGUCGGCGGCAAACGCGCGCGCGGCCCCGACCAGGAGCGCAAGAAGGGCGUGCCGUGGACAGAGGAGGAGCACAAGUUGUUCUUGAUGGGGCUGAAGAAGUACGGGCGAGGGGACUGGAGGAACAUCUCGCGCAACUUCGUGACGAGCCGGACGCCGACGCAGGUGGCCAGCCACGCGCAGAAGUACUUCAUCCGGCUCAACUCCGGCGGCAAGGACAAGCGCCGCUCCAGCAUCCACGACAUCACCACCGUUAACAUCCCCGACGAUGACCACGGCAACCCCUCGCCGUCGCCGCCGUCCGUGCUCACCGCGCACUCUUCCUCUGCCGCUGCGGCGCCGGUCAUCUCGGAGCAGUUCGGCGUCCUCGUCGACAGCAAGCCUCCCCCGCCGCAUCAGCUCGGCCGUGGCGCCGGGCACCACUUCGUGCCCCAUCCCUACGGCCAGGUGAAGCUGGAGGCCAGCAAUUCACACGUCGCCGGCCAUCACGGCGGCCGCCUCGACGACUCUGUUCUGAUGCAGAUGCAAUGCGGCCAGCUGCAGCCCCUCGGUUGACCACCUGUCCCGGAGCAGCAACCCACAACCAACUGUGAAAGCUCUCAUCUUUUGGUGUGCUCGAAGACGGAGAAGCGCGCAGCUGAGUGCACUCGUGCUCUUGCUUCCAACCAUCAAUGGAGUUCUGAAAACGAAAUGAUCGCAGCAGCACGAGGACAAGUAAACAAUACAGUAGCCAAGCAUUGGGCUGCUGCUAAUUAAGCUCCCUGCCGUGUAUCCCGGAGAUGAGAAGGAGAAGAACUACGAGAUCGAUAGAAGCAGCAGCAUGUUGGACAUGGCAUCUCUGCACUUCGUGUCUGUGUACAUAAGUCCACGCCCACGGUUAAAUAAUUAGUUCAACUAUUGAUAUUUGAUACUCCAUUGAUUAUCUCCUGUGCUAUGGGAGGAGGCACAGGAUGAGUACCACCUAGACGCCGUUUUGUUGAUGUAUUAGUCAAGUUAUUAUUGUCAUGCAUGUAUUAUUUGGACAUAGCACGUAGCAGCAGCAGCAUAUUGUCUGUCUGUUAUUUUUUGUUAAGCCUCUUUAGUGUUCAGUGGAGGGUAUUAGCAUUGGUCACCCUCUCAUUGACUCUUGCUUUAUUAACGAUGAUUAUGGUGAUGAUUGUGGUUUUUAUCUGCUCUUUCCUGUCGCUUUUGAGGGAAU